UACUUCAUGCAAACAAAGAUCGAUUCCCAACAGCGCCAGCCCAUCGUCACCUGCUCAGCUCUCAAAAUACGAAACAAAUACCCAACAAAAGAAGUUAUAAACUUCUGUAAAUGUAAAUUGUCACGUUGCAAAGCAAAUUGUACCAAAUCAACGACGAGGCACUAGGCACAAAAUGGAAUCAUCCUCUAUACUCUCACAAUUGACUCGUACGGUUGAAAACGUCACGGCGAGAUUGACAAGUCGAAAAUUGGAUGAAGAACAAUGCCACAAUUACUGCUUCCUGUGCGCGACCUCACUUCAAGAAUCCACUCCUUUUCCCACAGACGACCACAUCGCGCAACAGAUAUCUUUAUGUAAAACGUUCCUUGAAGAAAUCGAGUUGUCGCCGUUGUCGGGUAAGAAUUACGCAAAUACAGAGAACAACAACCAAUCCUGCCCAACUUGUCGACAAGAGAUGCAAAAAGUGUGGAAUUUGCACAUGGCCAUGGUCGCAAUUAAAGAACAAAUCACAGAUAUUUUGACAAGAUCGAUGCAAAAAGGGAAAGACCGGAAGAAAAUCAGAUUGCAAACAAAUGAGGCAAUUCUAGCUGAAAAUACAUUUCGAGAAACACCGAGCGAAACUGGAAAUCUCAAUUUUACUGAAGACUCCAAUUUCCCAAACGAAGAUGCUGACCACGACGACGACAAUACCGGCCCCUGGAUCAAGGUCGAAGACGAAUCUGUAGAUCUGGACAUUGACGCGGAAAUCACACCUGAUCCUCUGUCCUUCUCCACCAGGGAAGAAUUGUUACCACCCAGAGACAAAAAUGAGGGCCUCGUUGACAAUAAUAAAUCGCAACGAAUGUGGGGCAAUGGUCGACCUUGGGACCCCGUUUGGGAUGAAUUUACUACAAUUCAGAAUACGAGAGGAAUGAAGAAAUCGAAAUGUAUCCAUUGCACAACUUUAGUAAGCCAUAGGGCGGACAGGAUGAAGAAACACAUUAAUUCUUGUCAGGCUUAUCAAAAAUAUGUACUUGGCCAGCCUUUAUGAUGUUAGAUAAAUAUAUAUAGGUAGACGACAAAUUUCAAACGCAUGACGCAAAUUUUCGCAUGGCAGUAUACUACAUACACAUGUACAUAUAUGUAUGCUAUUGUAUGCAUUACCGUUAAAUGUGUAGCUUAAUAAAUGAGUUACAUAUACAUAUA